AUGUUUGAAAUACCGCUGUGGAUGAGACACAUCGUGCCUGAUGCAGCAUUUCUCCGCCCAGAAUUAAAGAAGAAGAAGAAGAAGAAGAAGGAGAAGGAGAGUAUUAUCGGAUCUCCGAAGUAA